AUGGCCCGGCUCUCGCCCACCUCCCGGGCCUAUGUGGUCCACACCCGCUGCCAUCGUGCAGAUGUGCCCGGCUCCUCCUCUCCCGGGCUCCUCAGCCACCCCCCUCUGCUCACUGUCCCUGAGCCCUGCAGGAAGGUUCUCCCCUGCGCUGGACGGGGGGCUCAGCAGGGAGAGAGCCCUGCUAGCCAGCCCAGCGGGGGUGACGGCUCAAGCCCAACCAAGCCCAACACUCAAAGCCUCCCUGCAAAUACCGCCAAGGAGCCCCCCAACCAGCCCCGAGAACCCCCUGAGAAACCCCCUGAAAAGCCUCCUGAGAACCUCCCCGAGAAUCCCCCCGAAAAGCCUCCUGAGAACCCCCCCAAGAAGCCUGCAGAAAGCCCCCCCGAAGACCUCCCCGCAAGUCCUCCCGUGAAGCACCAUGCGGUCGCCGAGGAGAGCCACGAUGGGAGCGAGGACGACGAGAGCGCGGAUGAGGAGAGCUCGGAGGGUGGCCAGGAGGAGGAGGUCUAUGAGGAGCAUGAGAUCCCCAGCAGCGAGCGCAGCGGCAGCGUCUCCGAGAAGUUCCCCGUGAUCCCCGUGGUCGCCGGCUCGGCCGCGCUGCUGGUCCUGCUGCUGCUGCUGUUCUGUGUCUGGUAUCUGUGCAGGCAGCCUGAAAAGGAACCCCUGCCACCUCCACCAUCACCAUCGCCACCCAGUAAGGAGAAAGUGUGCGGGCCGCAGUGUCCCAUCAUGAUUUUCCCUUGCUGUGAGUGCUCCAGAAGUAGCCACCCAAGGCACACGGAGGGGAGGUGCCUCUCCUUCACCCCAGUGAGGAAACCAUACAUGCCGAUGGUCUGCGCCCCAAGACUGCAUCUUCCACCCUGCUGCGAGCAAGUGCCCUUCCCCACCUGCCCACCGUGCUGCCACUCUCCACGCUCCUGCCCCCAGUCCUCCAGGACACUGCCACUCAUCCCUCCCAGCCCCUGGGCACUCCCUCCUUGCCCUUUGCGAGCCCUACCCCCAAAGCCCAAAAGUGUCAGUCAAAAUUGUUAAGCUUGCUGAGCUGAAUAUAGAGUUUAGAGUCAAUGGUGCUAGUGUUUGUUGCUGAUGAUUGAAAGAGGUUAUUACCUGGUGAGAGUGGCUGUCUUGCACACGAGACGUGUUUAUGCUACACCUGCUAGAAAAGCAUCCAGGGGUCCCGUGGGUUCUGGACAUGGAUUGUGCCCCUCACAUCAUCCUUGUCUUCAUCCGUCUCCAGGGGCUGUGAUGUGGGGGGUCUCUUGCCAAAUUCUGCUCCAUGAAAAAAGCCCAAAGGGUCUUUGAAACCUGAAUCCAAUCCUGUGUUUCGCUCUCUAACUUUUUGCAAAAGGAAACAUUUGAAUUUCUCAUCUUUUUCACUGUGUCCCUUGUUUCCAACUCUGGCUUCCCCAAUUCUGAAUGUGUCAGAGAAGGAGGUGAUGAUCCCCAAGGUCUGUCCUGGUUCCCCAAACUAUCCCCACACUGAGGGGAAUUUCAUCAGGUCCUCUCCACUCCACUAGAGAAGAAAAGUGGCCCCUGUCUGUGAUCCAGCUGCCACUGUUGGAGAAUCCACGCCUGGCUAAGAACAAGGCUGAGUUUUAGCAUGCAAUGUCCUCCCCCCAGGUGUGAGCCCACAGUCUCCAUGUAACUGCCCAAUUGCCAGGCCCAUGGGUCCCUGGGAACUGGCACAGGGUCCCUGAGCCCCUCUAGAGGGUCACCAAGGGUGGCUGUGACUGAGGACAGCCCCUCAUUCCAAACAAUCUUCCUAGUUAAGAAACUAAACUGCUCUCAACCCCAGUCCCCCUCUUGAGUGCUGCAGCUCUGCCUUUCAGGUGAGUCACUGUAAGGCAGGAACAGGGAAAACUAUGGCAGGUUUUGGUGUUUAAUCAAUAUUGGUUGAGUUAGAUGACAGGUUACGGAGAUAAGCAUAAUUUCUCCUAUGUUUGAAAACCAGUUUUUCUGGAGGGGCUUGUAUGUUUGUAUGUAGGGAGUAUUUGCAACUUUACCUAAGUCACAUAACUUUUAACU